AUCAAAUCAUCAUUAGAAUUUUAUCAGUUGCCUUCCUCUUCUGUUUUAGUCUCAUCAGAGAAUUUUCAAACGUGAUCGUGGUGGCCACCAUCAACUCUCUCUCGGAAUCUACAUGAAGAAAGAAAAUAGUACUACAACUUGUGAUGGAGUAUUUUAAUAAUUUAUUGAGCAAGACGGGCAAGUUAGCCUAUGGAAGCAGAGAGAAUGUUCAACUUUCGGGGAAUCAAUCGACACAAGCAUUGAAUAGACAAACUUUGGAAUUGUACUCUAUGGAAAUGGCUGAUAUUGCAAAGGAGUCAUAUGAGUUGGAUUUUAGUAAAAUUCCACUCAAUAAGAAUGUAGUGCUUGUGUUGGGAGAUCAAUCUGCUGGUAAAUCUUCAUUCGUUAAUUAUUUAUUCUCUGGAUCUAGCAUUAGAGAAACUGGUGCCAAUGCCAUUGAUACUCAGUUUACAAUUUUGGAAUGUGUUAGUGAAAAGGAAUUUAGAAAUAUUGUUGGAAUUUCAAAAUAUGAUAAUUUAAUGAAAGAAUUCAAUAGGAAAAAAAGAGAUCCAAAUUUUGAUAUUGACGAAUGGAAAUCUCAACCAUUAGAGAGGCAAAUAACAGACGAAAGAGAAAAUAUUCUAUAUUGUGAACUUUCACAGACUGACAAGAUGAAUAGAUAUCGUCAAUUUUAUGAUUCUACUAUGAAAACUGUGCUCAUAAAACAUCAUGAGCUAGUUAAAGCAUAUGUGGUGAAUGCCAGAUUUAUAGAUGGAACUGAUAUGGAGAAAAUGUAUCAGGGAAAUGUUCAAGAGAGAAAGAAACAGAGAAAGAAAGAGAAGGAACUUUCAGAGUUUGUUGAUAAUAUUUGCACCACGACUAAAAAGAAGGAACCUGCAGAAUCUGAAUGGGAACUACUAGAUCCAAAAGCUAUCAAGAAGAAUAACUCACAGAAAAACCUGGAGGAAGAUGAUGGAGAAAAAUGGUUGGUGGAAAAUUUGAUUUUCAUUGAUACACCAGGAUUUAAUGGUUCCAUGAAUUUGGAUGUGGAAAAAUUCAAAGCAAAUAUUGAGGUAUUGGAAUUCUUUUACAAAAACUCUUCAUUAGUGUUGUUCCUCUUGAGUCCAGCACAUUUGUUGAGUAUUGGAAAUUCUCUCUACAUGUUACAACUGACCAUAAUUGAUCAAGAAACAAGAGAGAAAUUGUACAAACAUGUAUAUAGUCAAUUACAAAUCACUGAUAACACCCUACAGAAUGGCAAUAAUGUACAGCAGCCAACACCUUCGUCUGGUGGAUUAGUGAGUUCUAUUAGCAAGACAGUGUUGGAUACAUUGUUGAGUGGAUGCUACUCUGCAUUGGAAUCUAAUUUCAAGAGUAUUACAUCCUUGUAUAGUGGAGGUCCAAAAAAACAAAAGGAUUAUUAUUUUGGAUCCUCAAUCUAUGACAAGCUUUAUUUUGUCAUUAACAAGAUAGAUACUGUAAAGAAUGUAAAUUAUUGCCAUUUCGAACUUGGAUGUUCAAUAGGGAGAAACUUUAAAUUUCUUCCAUUGCCAACAGCAUCCAGAGUUCUAUGCAUCGCGUGUCCAAAUGAAAUAAGGAGUCAAAUAGCAUCCACCUCUUUUAUCAAGAGGAAAGAUGUCAACUUGGCAAACGUGAACUUUGGAGAUUUACACCAAUUGGAAAAGAUCAUUAACACCCUACGAGAUGAAAAACAGAUUCAGUUAACAUUCAUCAAUCACAUUCAGUACAUGUUUGAAAAGAUACAAGCCAAACAUCAAAAUAUGAACUAUUACAAUCAGUACAUGUUAGGAACAGUCUAUGAACGAGCUCAAAAUAUUUGUAAUCUUUGUUGUGAUCCUACUCCUGAUGAGUUACGAGAUGAGCAAUCUAACUAAUGAUAAAUAUUUAAAUGAAUUGUUUUCAA